AUGGAUAAUUACGUGAUUUCUAUAUGCUUCAAGAAUAACCCAAGUAAGAUGAUAGGGACUUUUCUUUCCAAUGAAGAUGGAAUGGUAAAGCUAGAAGAUGCAUUUUUUGAAAACAAUCCUGGGAUUGUAUUUCCCACAAUCUCUAUUUCUGAAAGUGAUAUAAUCACAGUAAAAAAGGCGGAUGCGAGGCCGGAGGAGGAGAAGGAAAGGAUACCUUUGGAGGCGUCUGAAAAGACUGAGAGUGGGAUGAAGGAUUCCGAACAGGGCUUGUUUAAGACAGAUUCGGAGAUUUCUGAAGUGCCGGAGGAAAUGAGAACAAAAACAGUCCUGGUUGAAACCAAAGACAUUACAAUUCUUCCAGAAGAAGAAAGCAAGGACUGGAACCAAUUUGAGGCAAACUCAAAGCUCUUCAACAUAGACAACAAGUUUGAUGAAGAAGAAUACAUGGAUGUCCUUGACAAGAGCUCCAACUGGUACAAGAGCAAGCUUUUGAUGGCGAGAAGGAUUGAGAAGGAAAUAAUGUCAUCUACAACAACGGAUCCUCACAGACUCGAGGAACGAGGACUUGGAAGGACCCCAGAGAAUGAGGACAUGUAUUCAACUGUUAUUGGAAAAGACCACAUUAGUGUUGCAAACAAGACACCAUCCUCAGUGGAAAAACAAAGUAAAGAUGCUUCUGGCAUCAUUGAAGCUAAGAGAGGCGGAGAUGAUGGUGAGAAAAGGAAGAUGAUAAUAGAGAUCGAAGGCUUGUCUCUGUCAGAAACCAAGGAUGGAGGAUCUUUGGCCAAUACCGAGAGUAGUAAGAAUGAAGAAUCAUCAAACACCCAAGAGGAAAGAAAGAAUACGAGACCCAAGAAAAGCGUAAGGUAUGGAUGGAUGCAUACGAAGUUUGACUCCUCGAAAAACCUUCUUGGAAUGAUAAAAUCAAGGUUUAAAGGUGCGUUUGACAUAAGCGGAAGUGACCUGAAGUGGGGAGGAGGGCUCACCUGGGAAAUAGCUGCAAAGAAUAUAAUUAAGAAGGCAAAGGGAGGAAAGGCCUCAUCCAUAAGAAGAGUACCCAAGAAAAGCCCUGGUUCUAAAUAA